CUUCUCCUUAGUUUAUAUGCUUGCACUAGGCAAUGUUCAAUAUGGCGAACGUGAACCGGGUGUUUGGAAUGUGCGCAAUCACUUUAAUUUCGUCUAUUAUUGCACAGUCCGAUAUACCGCUGAUCCACCUUAGACUAUUGUGCAGAUCGACCAUUGAAGUAACGUGCAAUAUGAGUUAUGGGAAUUAUGGAAUUUGGACAUUUUACAGAACCCAAGAUGGUUUUGAUGACAAGCAAAAUAUCGUAAAAAUUGUUUCCAGUGAACAGUGUCGUUUAUUUCCCCUGCAAACUACUGAUACUCAGUGCUCGUGCAUCGAAGACAAUAGUGUCUUAUGCAAAAUAUCCGCUGACAUGAUUGUGAAAUCUGGUGACCAAUGGCAGUGUAGUAGAUUCAUAAAUGGAAAUACACAUUUUAGCAUACCAGUAACGGUUCCCAUUCAAGAAACCAUUGAAUGUACAACGAUCACACGUCUGCAGCCAGGGACCGAUGAAGAAACAACACCUGCGAAAAUUACAAGUUUAACCGUUGUCUCGGAAACUAUUAAACAAGAAGAAGAUGUGAUAACAGUCGCGGAGGGUCACAGCCAUGUCACAUCAGAAGAAUUUAACAAGUUUACAACCACGUCUGGUGUCAAAACUGAGACAGUAGUUAAAGUAGAAUCUGAGCAUGGGCAAGAUAAAUCAGAAUGGAACAAAGACUCUACUAAAAUCAUAGCAGCAGCAGCGGGAGUAGCGAUUUUCGUUGCAAUUAAUGUGUCCUUCUGCGUGUAUUGGAAAUAUAAACCUCGCCAAGUAGUCAUCAACAAUACGACGAUAGACAAUGACGAUACUACACCUAAACACAUUGUGGUGAUGCCAUUGAUUAGUCCUGAUAUGUAUAACGACGUGAAUUACCAUGAAAUAUCGGAUAUACAGAGACAAUUUGUUGAAUUUGCUACUGUUAAAAAUACUUCGAGCAAAGCAAGAACUGACAAUGCAAAUGAACCAACAUUCGAAGACAACGAAACCAUGGAACUAACUCCUCAUAUUCUGAGACGGGCAGAUUUGACUUUACCAGAGUCUGGAACUGAUGACAUGGACGAAACUGCGCCUGUACAAAUUUCGUUUUUGGCUUUAGCCGAGAUUAAUAUGUCUGAUGUUGCUGCGCUUGAAUCACAAUUGAAUAGGACGGACGUGAAAAGUGUCCCUUACGAAAGUUUAGAGUCAACACUCCGAGCUGAUAAAGAUCAAUACAGCAAACCGGUAUAAAACAUCCGGGCAGGUGGUUCUUUGUACACUUCAUACACAGCAAAGCGUGUUUCGCAUUUGAUAUUUGAAUUAAGCACAAAUAUCUAACAAUGUUUUUACGGUUGGAUUGACGACAAGUCAAUCGUUGUGUAUUGUCCGUGACAUAUAAUUUAUGUUGCAGACCAUAAUGUGUUGAUAUAUUUAUAAAUGCCCAAUACAAAGUAUAAUACUCGUGGCUUCUGUGUGUAUGGCUGUUUCAAAUUGUGUUAAUGUGACUGAAACAAUACGCAGUAAGCAUAUUUAAGUUGAGCACAUUAUCUUUGUACAAAUUGUAGUGCACUUUCUAGUAAAUUAAGGUCAGCUUUGUAUCUCUUCUUUUGCAGAGCGUGUCGGCAUGUUAUUUGAAAGAUAUGUCUUAAUUAUCUGACUUACUACUUACACGUGUGUAAUUGAUUCUCAUUGUGCGAUUCGGGCAGUGAUAAUUUUG